ACACAUUAGAUAAAACAUAUUGAUAACAAGUGACAAUGGUGUUUGUGACCAAAUCAGCCAGUGAACACUUUUCUUAUCCUAGAACCAGCACCAAAGUCUCCAAAUUGUUUUCUGGGAUUCCUCUGGUAGACCUCACAAAACCAGACUCCAAGCAACUCAUUGUCAAUGCCUGUGAGGAGUAUGGUUUCUUCAAGAUCAUCAACCAUGGUGUUCCAAUGGAUUUCAUCACAAGAUUGGAAUCUGAGGCCAUCAAAUUCUUCUCCCUCCCACUUUCUGAGAAGGAAAAGUCAGGGCCUCCUAAUCCAUUAGGAUAUGGGAACAAGCAUAUUGGGAAGAAUGGUGAUGUUGGUUGGGUCGAGUACCUCCUUCUCACAACCAAUACAGAAUCCAUUUCCCAGAGGUUUCUAUCGGUUUUUGGAAAUGACGCAGAAGAGUUUUGUUCUGCUUUGAAUGAUUACGUAUCAGCUGUGAAGAAAAUGACCUGUGAGAUUCUUGAGCUGAUGUCUGAAGGAUUGAAGAUUCAACCAAGGAAUGUGUUCAGUAAGCUUUUGAUGGAUGAACAGAGUGAUUCUUGUUUCAGGCUCAAUCACUACCCACCAUGCCCAGAGCUUCAAGGUUUGAGCAGUGCCGGUGCCAGAAAUGUGAUUGGAUUUGGAGAGCACACAGACCCACAAAUCAUUUCUGUGCUAAGAUCCAACAAUACAUCUGGCCUCCAAAUUUCUUUGAGAGAUGGGAGUUGGAUUUCAGUCCCACCUGAUCAGAACUCCUUCUUUAUCAAUGUUGGUGACUCUUUACAGGUUUUGACUAAUGGGAGGUUUGAAAGUGUGAGGCACAGGGUUUUGGCAAAUGGUUUAAAAUCAAGACUGUCAAUGAUUUAUUUUGGGGGACCACCCUUGAGUGAGAAAAUAGCUCCAUUGCAAUCUGUCAUGAAUGGAGAGGAGGAAAGCAUGUACAAGGAGUUUACAUGGUUUGAGUACAAAAAAUCUGCCUACAGCUCAAGACUUGCAGAUAACAGGCUUGGACACUUUGAGAGAAUUGCAGCCUCAUAAAACACAGCACAACAGAACAAAUAAAACCCUAGUUCUUGUUAAAAGAAUUAGGGUUUUUUCAAUUUCAGUACUCAGGAUUCAGGAUAGGUUUAAGACCAUAAUUUUAUCAAAUUUUCCAUAGAUGGAAUACUCUGUUCUAUCCCCCCCCUGUUUUUCCCUUUUCUCCAAUUGUAUUCCCCUCCCUUUCUACCAAGUACUAAUUCAUGUAAUUAGCUACCUUUCUUGUUAGAUAUACAAAAUGUUCAUC